AUGUGGCUUUUUCUUAUCUGCGCUUUGGUUCCCACCGCUGCAAUUCGCCGCGAUCAGGAGACUGUUCCGUUCUGCUGGAACUGCUGCGCAAGCUCCAAGUGCUCUCAGAAAAGCCACCGAACCCGCUAUUUUGGCAAGGCAAGCUUCCUUGAGUGUGAGCCUGUUCCAGGCGUCUACAAGAAGGAGGGACAGGUAGUGACACCGGAGAUGGUGCAAGAGGGGGCAUACUUUGGCAAGGCAAGCUACCUUUGUGAAGAGAAGUGCUGGAUGACUUUAGAGUGGACGAAAGGCCAAAAAUCUAAAGGAAGCGUUUUUCGUGCGGGGGGCGUGGACGGUGGCAGUUGUGUUUACGAGAGCGUCGACGGCCUCAAGUGGAAGAAGGAAGAAGACAAGAUGCCAGAGUACAAGCCGAAAAAGUACAAGAAGACUUGGGAGCAGUGGUUCUUGGAGCAAGGCAUCAAGGAUGCAGUUCUGGACUGGAGUGGUGUCGAAAUUCGGAAGAAGAACCAACCACGUUUGGACUUGCUCGGUUCACUCUGGUUAUCCUUGUCUUAUCCGCUGCGAAAGCCAUGUUCUGGCGAAGUGGGCGGCCCGGCCGCUGCCUACAAAGUGGGACGAGGAGCUGGAUGCCAUACCACGGUACGAAGCAGCAGCCGGGCUCGAAAUCAUGAGCCUGCUGAAAAGCCACCCAUGGCGCUGCCCGUGCUGGAGCUCCCAGAUCCAAGAAAGCCUGCGAGAUCCGCACACCAACCUGGCCUCUCACCGGGUGUUGGCAGCACUGCCUCUUCCAGGCAUUCCCAUGAAGAGGCGGCCUGCUUGAGCCAAUGUGCUUCAGCGCCUUCCCUGGUGCAUCGCAGCAGCCGCGUCUCGGCGGCCCCAAGCCGGCAGUCUGUUCGUGGCUCCGCCUCCAUCUCCUGCCU